AUGGCGACGGCCACAGCUCACCAGCGCUCAUGGCACAGCUCCCACGGCAUCGGCGCGGCUCUGCCCCAGCUGCACACGCACAUGAGGUUCCCGGCGGCCAGCCGAAAGGCACGGGAGGAUGCUGGAAACGGAACGGCUCCUCCCGAUCUUGAAGUUUUCGCAGCGAACGACACGAGCUCGCGUUACCGGCACCAAUUCCUCAUCCUCCUCUAUGUGUCUCACCCAUGGCACCUUGCAGGGGCUGUCCCUGCUGCAAGGAUCCCCCUCGUGAGAGAUUCUGCCUUUCUGCAGUUUCAGAAGGAUGCAAAGGACGCCCAGCAGCUCUUGAAGAAAGUCGAUACGGACCUGGACCAAAAGUACAGCCCAGAGUUCAAGGACAGAUACCAGCUGGAGUCGCUCCUCAGGGAGCUGGAUGACCAAGAGAAGGCCCUGGAGAAGUACGAUGCUGUGGUGCAGUCGCUGCAGGAGCGCAGCCAGCACGUCCUGCCCCUGCGGUACCGCCGGCUGCCACCGCCACAGCCCAUCCCUGUGGAGGCUCUGUGCGAGUAUGAGGGCGAGCAGGGCCAGAUAACCCGAGGAGCCCAUUACACCCUGCAGAAGAACAGUGGAGACAUCUGGGAAGUGAUGGACGGUGCUGGAGGUGCCAUCAGUGCCCCGGGUGUCUGCUUCAUGAUCCCCCCUCCAGAUGCAGAGGCAAUAGCACUGGCGGACCAGAUUGCUGAUAGCUAUGUAGCUGUAAAGGAGAAGACCUCCAACUGCAAGAACAUUCUCCAGCAGCGCUACGAGGGGCUGAAGGCUGACAGCAUUGGAGAUGCUGCAUCAGUUCAGGGCCGCCAGCUUCUGGCAGGGCUGGAGAAAGUGCACAGUGACCUGGACAAGUUGGAAAAAGCAAUAACAGCAAACCUCCGUCCACCGCUGGAGCAGAGUCGGGCUGUGCAGGACAGCACCGAGCGCUCCAAGGACCUGAAGGUACAAGGCCAUAGGAGCAGGCUCAUUGCGCCACACAGAGACCCUGAUCCCAAGGCUGAGGUCCUCCCAAGGGGUCUUCAAUGUGGUUCUUGGUGUGCUGGAUGCUGUUGGUGCUCUCAGAGCUCCAUGAAGGCUGGAGCAGCACUACCACCAGCUAGUGACCAAACAAAAAUACCAACGCUUGCAGUUCAAGGUGCAACUUCUCCUUGUGCACAGCUCAGCAUCUGUUCCGCUAGGAUCCCUUGCAGCAACUCUCCACUCCCUUCCCCUCCUUCUGACCCCUAAUUAAUUCAGGCUCCA